AUGGUGCGCACCAUGUACGGCGCGGGGAAGCUCCAGCGGACGCCGGAGGAGGUGGAACGGAGCUGCACUGAUUGCUGCUGCCUCAUCACCUAUUUGGCCGUGUGUACUGGUCUGGUGGCAUGCAUUUGGCAAGCCUUCGAGAAAGGUGAUAUCCAUCGCCUGACCUCUUUACCAGACUACCAAGGAACGCAAUGUGUGGACAAGUACAUCUUUUUUUCCGGAGAACUUCCCAGUGGGCACUACAGGCAUAAACCUCCAUCGACACGUUUGCGUGGACUACUGUCCAACGAAUUCCUCCAGCUUGGUGACCUACCUGAUCCCACAUGUCGUGCCGGAGGAGGAGGGGCGGAAGUUGGUGGGGCUCCUGGAGGCUGCAGAGAAGAGCGAAAGCGCAGCUAG